AUGAAAUUUUAUGUAGAUGAAGUUCUUGUUGUUUUUCCAUAUGAAUACAUUUAUCCUGAGCAGUUAGAUUAUCUAACAGAGUUGAAGCGAGGACUUGAUCAGGGGGGUCAUAUGGUGCUUGAAAUGCCAUCAGGAACCGGUAAAACAAUUUCGUUACUCUCUAUACUAGUGGCCUAUCUCCAUCAUCAUCCAUCUGAAAAACGAAAAGUCAUUUACUGUACAAGAACAGUCGAAGAAAUGACUAAAACGAUGAAUGAGAUGAAAAAACUCUUAAAGCGUUGGGAGAUAGAAGGUGAGAGAUUACGACCAUUGCUAGGGGUUUGCUUAACAGCCAAGAAGAAUUUGUGUGUCAAUUCACAAGUGACUUCCAAUUCGAACCCUGAUGACGUAGAUGCUGGUUGUCGGAGUAUUACGGCACCCUGGCAAGACGAGGACCGUUGCUCGUAUUUCGAUACACUAGACCAGUUGUCAAUCGAGCUUCCCCCGGGUGUGUACUCGCUGGAUGACCUUAAGUGCUUUGGUGAAGAACAUCAUGUGUGCCCGUAUUACUUAGCGAGAAAAUCACUCGUAGCGGCUGAUCUUGUUGUUCAUUCUUAUUUAUACAUGGUAGACCCUAUUGUGUCUGGGGUUGUUCGUGAGUUCUUAAAUGAAAAUACCAUCGUUGUUAUGGACGAGGGGCAUAAUGUAGAUGAUGUAUGCAUUGAAGCAAUGUCUAUCAUUUUGACAAAACGAGACUCAUUCGACGCGAAACAAAAUUUGAAAGACCUUAGUAAAAGCCUUGAUCAUCUGAAGUCCACUAGCCGUCAGCAAUUGCAGGAUGAGUAUGACCGAUUGGUAAACGGUCUAGCCUUGGCAGAGAUGGCAAGACCGCCACAGGACAACAGCUUCGCAGUACAAGCUCCUCCAAUACCAGAAACUAUAGCAGAGGAAGCUAUUCCAGGUAGCCUUAGGCUUGCUGAUCACUUUCUGGGAUUCAUGCAGCGUUUGGUAGAUUUCACGCAUCGAAUCGUUACGCGUAUCACGCGAACAUACGUGGCCGAUCCACUAACCUUUCUUACAAAGCUGAAGGAGGAGUGCGUUGUGGAUAUCAAUCAUCUCAAAUAUCUAUCGGAACGGUUGAAGGCUCUGCUUACCACGCUCCAAAUAACAAAUACAAACAAAUACUAUUCCAUAUCACUGGUAGCCCAAAUGUACACCAUUCUGGCCACAUAUUACGCAGAUGACAGAUAUGAAAAGCCUAGUUUUGUUGUGGUGUGUGAAGCGCACGACCCUACUCGUCCCCAUGUACCUGAUCCAGUUAUUCGUACUGUGUGUGUCGAUGCUUCCUUGGCAUUAAGGGAUGUUUUCUCGCGUUAUCGAAAUGUAAUCCUUACCUCUGGAACUCUCUCUCCCCUCGAUAUAUAUCCUAAGAUACUUGGAUUUACCCCGGUUAUCACUAAAUCCUUUCAGAUGACCCUGAGUCGCAAGUGCAUUGCUCCAGUUAUUGUGACGAGAAGUUCUGAAAGUAUCAGUAUUACAUCGGAGGAGCUGACCAGCAGCUUCAAGGUGCGCACCACACCAGAGGCCCAGGCCCUGGUGAUAUCAGCAUAUGAGAAUCUUCUGAUGGAGUUGGCCAAGACGGUUCCUGACGGCAUUGUUUGCUUCUUUACAGGUUACCAGUACAUGGGUGAGGUGCUUCUUGCAUGGCACAGCAAUGGGUUUCUGCAGGAGUUAACCAAAUAUAAGCUCUUGUUCAUCGAAACGCAAGGAGUCGAGGAAACUUCUAUUGCUUUGGCGAACUACCGUCGCGCGUGUGACAUCGGACGAGGCGCCAUCUUUAUGUCGAUUGCCCGAGGCAAGAUUGCGGAGGGGAUCGACUUUGAUCGCCACUACGGCCGUGCUGUAGUUAUGUUUGGGGUUCCUUUUUUGCCACCAAAUGACGAGCCUCUGCGACAGCGGAUGCAUUGGAUGGAGGUAUGCCUUGGAAUACCGGAGAGUGAAUAUCGAAAUUUUGAUGCGAUGCGACAAGCAUCGCAGUGCAUUGGUCGUGUCUUGCGCAACAAGGUGGAUUAUGGCAUGAUGUUCUUUGUUGAUCGCCGCUUUGCGUUAAAUGACAAACGGCGUAAAAUUCCAAAUUGGAUUCAACAAUGCCUGAAGGACAAUACAAAUCUAAGCGUUGCUGCAGCAGUUUCUGUGGCGCGUAACUUCUUCAAAGAAAUGGCUCAACCCUGGGAGUACGAACGUGAUCUUGGGACCACUUUGCUUUCCAAGGCUGUCCUGGAGCGGAUGGGCAGAAUGCGGCCCUCUAAGUCUCCUUUCACAACGACAAGCAAUAAUCUUGUUUCAACUAUUCAAGAAGUUUCUUCAAAACAAGAAGGUGACGUGAUCACCGCCGCAAGAGAGCCAAACAGCCGAAAGCGGGAACGAGAUGGGGAAUGA